AUGUAUUGCCAGAAGUGUCGCACGCCGUUGAAGCUGGAUGGCUCAAUAGAGUCACUUAACCCAGCUGCUUUUGACCUACUAUCUAGCGGUCUAGACUCUACAGGGAAGACGGUAUCAGAUACUGGAGCUGUCUCCUCAUCAGCACGAUUGUCGUAUCCGCCCGAACACCGCGACAAGUAUGACCAGUCCUCUAGACAUGCUACGCCGCCGGUUUACAGACGGUCUAUCCCCGCCCCGCGUGCAGGAGGCCAGCCCAAUCCCCCGGCAAUACCCCGAGCUGAGAGCGGCAAUAUGUCAUUUGUGAUGCUUACUGAGUCUCAAGUUGCGCCACCACUGGUCAGUGAGAGUACUUCGGCUGCCCGAAGUAAGCGAAACCAUACAUCAGCCCAACUCCGCAACCCGGAGGAUGGGUCAUUCGUUGAUCAAGUGGAGAAAACAACGCGGCUGUUCGAAAUAGUCUCGGCGCGCUCAGACAUCGACCAUCCUAUAUGUAUAGAGUGCACCGAGCUGCUUGUGGAAGGACUGCAAAAACGCUUGGCUGGGUCUACGAAGGAACGAGACGCCUACAUCUCGUUUCUUAGGAAUCUGAAUGGGUCGAUCCUGACCACGGAGGAGCUGCAGGCGGCAGAAAAAUCAUUGAAUGAGAGCCUCGAAGCGGAACAGGCUGCAUUCUCAGAGCUGCAGGCUUUCGAGAAAGAAAAGGCUGCUCUAGACGCAGAGAUUGCGAGCUUGGAAAUUGACUCGCGACGGCUAGAUGCGGACGAGGAGAACUUUUGGCGGUCUCGCAAUGCGUUUGCUUUGACGCUCACGGAGUUUCAAAACGAACGUGAUGCGCUCAAUAUGCGUUAUGAUCAUGACUCGCAACAGCUUGAGAGACUGCAAAGGACAAACGUCUACAAUGACGCGUUCUGCAUUGGUCAUGAUGGAUAUUUCGGUACCAUCAAUGGCUUACGGCUAGGUCGGCUGGCCAAUCCUUCCGUUGAGUGGCCUGAAAUAAAUGCUGCAUGGGGACAAACAGCCUUACUUCUGGCUACAAUGGCCGAGAAACUCGGAUUCCAAUUCCAGGGGUAUCGUCUCAGGCCUCUGGGAUCUAAUUCGCGGAUUGACAAGCUUGAAUACCCCAAGCAGCCAUCCGGUCAGCCUGUCGAAGGAGCUGCACCUAAAGUGACCCAACUAGACCUGUUUUCGUCUGGGGAUCAACUGCUUAAUCUUAAUUGGCUUCACCGUCGCUUUGACUUUGGUAUGGUGGCGUUCCUGGAGUGUCUGCGCCAGUUGGGAAAGUUUGUUGAGAAGACCCCAGCGCCCGUCAUAAACCCUCGUCGAGGCCAGACCGGCGCCACAGCACCGGGGUUGAAAUUACCCUAUGAGAUCAAGCAGGAUCGGAUUGGCGAUGCCAGCAUCAAGUUAGGCUUCAACAAUACGGAUGAGACAUGGACUCGAGCCUGCAAGUACACGCUCACUUGCUGCAAGUUCCUUCUCGCGCAUGCCAGCAAUAUCGCUAGCACCGGGUCUAGUAAUUCCGCUGCUGUCGCGGCUGCUGCCGUGGCAGCCGCCGAACAAGCCCGACAGACAACGGUCCCAAAGAAUAAGCCAUGA